AUGCCCCUCCAGCUCCGUCGUGCGGUCGAAUCCGACGUCAACCAACUAACAGACGUGUUCUUCUCCGGCUUCCGCAAAGACGGCGUGAUGUCCCGGUGUUUCCCUGAAAAACCAUCUGUUCGAGAAUUCUGGAUAAACGGAUUACAACGCGAUCUGUCCGACCCAGAUGUUCACAUCGUCGCUAUAGUCGACACCGAUAUCGCCGGAUCCCCGAUUAUCGCGUAUGCGAAUUGGGUGGGGCCGCGAGCGCAGCCGCCAAAGUCAAGCCAGAAUCAAAAUGUACCCCUCUAUCCGGACGAGGGCGAUGAUAUACCGCUUGCGGAAUUCUUCUUCCCACAUUUGAAGGAACAACGAGCAAAGAAUAUGGAGGGUCGGACAUGUUGGUAUUUGGCUGCUUUAGUUUGUCAUGAAGGUCAUCAGAGGCGUGGAGCAGGGGGGAUGUUGAUGCGGUAUGGAUUGGAGGAAGCGGAGAAGACGAAGGCGGAUAUUUAUCUCGAGGCGAGUCCACCGGGGGUGCCGGUUUACAAACAUUUUGGGUUUAAGGAGGUUGACAGGGUGGUCGUAUUGGAUGGGGAUUUUACGGAGUUGAUGAUGUUGAGGGAGUAUACAGGUUAG